AUGGAAAAGCCUGUCAAGUCCUUCAAAUCUCUCAUAAAGUCGGUGCCGCCACAUCCAACCCUCAGCAAGCCUUUGCCACCUGUGCCACAAGAAUACAACUCCUCACCGCCUUCGAGCCCACGAGAGCGCCAUUCAAGUCACUCGACUCCUGCUAGCCAGUCACCAAAUACAUGGGAAGCGCCAGCUGAAUGGCUAGAUCCUAGAAAGCCUGCUGUCAGCGCGCAUAACUCGGAAUCAAGCGACAUCCCUAGGCCGUCACCUCCUCCAACUUACUCGCCGAUCCUCCCAGAGGCCUCUCCAGACACGGCAGACUAUGCUUUCAUGGAUUUUCCUCCGCCUCAAGGACGAAAAGGCAGCAAUAACAGCCGUUUGAGCCCAGUACCAGGAAGUCGUUUCUCUGUCUUGGGCGCCCCUAGAACACCUCCUAGAUCUCCUCUACCGGAGCCACCAAACCCGGGCACUUCGUCGAAUGCGUCACAGAUCCCGAUACAUCCGAAUAUUAUAGAGGUGCCUAGUUCAAAUCACACUGCAGAAAUACAGAGGAAUAUUAGUGCCGCGAAUACUUCCCCUCGAGCGCCUCCAACUUCGUCGUUCUCGCCCCUCUCAAACUCUGCUAAGGUAACGCCACCACGCUCCUACUCUCCUGCGAAGGGCCUCGCUGUAUUGGGUGAGUACACAGGUGAAGAGCCGCCGCCGCGUGGGCGUAAGUACUUAGAUUCGCGAGAUCACAACGAUCCACGCCGAAGUGACACGGACGAAGGCUGGGAGAAUGAGAGCUCCCAAGACGCCUAUCACCACCAUUUAGCCAACCAGUACAGAGGCAAGGCUAUCGGUGCUCCCAAGGCGGGGCAUCCAAGCGCCUUUAACGAGCACGGAGAACAUGAAAGAGACCAUACCCUUUUACCACGGCCCUUGUCAUGGCAGAAGAACAGUAGUGGCUCUGCUUCUCGACAAGAAAGCCCAGAUAAGAAAUCUAUGAUCAAGGAAAAGCAGGUAGAAGGAAUGCAGAAAUCACGUCGUAGUUCUGGAAUCCGUAAUGCGUUCAAGAGGUCUAAGACGCAAAAGCACGAGGAAGAGAAGCGAAGUCCAUCCCAUGCUCCAGAGCUACAACACGAAAAGGCUGUCGCUGCCAGCCCUGUUACGAGCAAGAACAAGAAGAAAGUACGCAAGCACGUCGAUCCUGACUACCGCUUCUCCGCGUUCUAUCCACGAACCAGACCGCUUAACUUGCCUCGAGUUCCUAAGCUAAGGCCAACGAAGAGGAACAAAGGCGGACAGAAGAAAGAUGGCGUAGCAAACAUGCCGCAGUUCACUCUAGCUCAACCAACGGCGGCCUCAUCAUCUCAGACUGCUAGCCCUUUACCACGGAAUCUCCCCUCCGCAACCACUUCAAGUCACCUUCCGUCGCGACCUCAAAGUCCAUCUUACCUUGCCCCUUCAGCUCAACGGGAGACUCAACGCCCAGAAAGUGGCUCAAUUUACAGCAGUACCGGCGUUCAGCACCAUAAUUCCAAUUCUAACUCCCCUCAUGCCUCUUCUUCUCCAAGCCGAGGUCAAGCAUCCCAUACCCGAAACAUCUCCCUCGCAUCCUUUCUCUCCACAAGCCCUCCGCCACCCACGCCGGCCCCUACUCCCAAUACCUCUUCAUUUUCUGCCCCGCGACCUCGCUCACGCUCUAUCACUGGAAUUUUCGAGAAACUCAAAGUUCGUUCCUCGCACAUUUCAUCCCUCUCACGACAGUCGGGUGGGUCAUCGUAUUCACACCAUUCACAGCCUCCACCUUCUUCACAGCCCAUUCCCCAGGCUCCCGAUUCCCAAGGGAAUAGUUGGGAUAUUACAAUGGAGCCUUCGGAAUGGCGAAAAGAGCACCCGGACGACGACGAAGGCCGGGAGAAAAAGAUGAGUUUCUUUGAGAAGGCAAAGGAGUCGAGGAAAAAGAAGGUCAAGGAAGGCAGACAGGAGAAAUUAAAGAAGAGCAUUAGGGUGCUGGGGCCGACGGAUCCGAUGGUCGUGGAAGGUUUUGGCGCCGAGGAAAGGAGACCAGGAUAUUUGGGACUACCCAGUAAUGCUGCACCAUGACGGAUUGGGAGACGUAAUGAAUGGCAUUAGACUGAAGCAGACGGAAUGGGUAUAUAGACGUGUGUUUUACGUGCCUAGGUGCAGAAACACCUCGGUUGAAUGAUCAAUAUAGACCACUAUUUAGAUAUUUGACUGUUUGCUUGGC